AUGGAGCAGGAGCAGGAGCAGGAGCAGGAGCAAGAGCCUCUCUGUCCAAUAUGCGGCGUUAGAGCCCAUUCCAUUGCCCCUCGAUACUGGACCAACGCACGUAUUCCAGAGUGGUUGCAGUCAAUCCGGGCCGUGUAUAAAAAACCUGAUGACUGUGCUGGUCUCACUGGAGUUGGAUAUCUCAACUCCCAAGAUGAGCUCGUUGCGCCUGAAGACCGAGAAAAGCACAUUGCACGCGAAGACCGAGACAAAAUCCCUCAUGAGGUAGUUUUGUACGUCGGGCCCUCGAGUACGUACGAGACUCCGUCCACUGAAUUUGGCCCGCAACUUCCUGCAUUCUUGGUCCACGACGAGUGUUGGGAGGUUUUUCUCCAGCGGAUAUCGUAUGGGCGUGAUGUUAAGGAGUAUCUCACCGAUUUGAUACAGAUAUUUUAUCGCGUCAGUUACUACAAGGAAGCCUUUGCUUGCCACAGACAUGACUUUGGGGACUUUCAUAGAUUCUGGUCAGGCGAUCCCAAGGAUUCCGAAGAGAUGAUGGAGUUGAGUGGACUCGGUUACGUUGAAAUCACUCCCGUGGAGUAUGACAGUAUGGAGGACCUCUUGGCCGAUCUUAAAAUCGCGUGUAGAUUCAUGCCGGACGAUUGGCCUGCCAUAAGUGACGCUGGUAGUGAUAUUUCCACUGCUGGUGGCCCGAUAUCUUCCACAUAUCGUCUACCGGAAAAUGGCAAUACGGACCCGUUCGCCAAGUUGCCCCCGGAGGUGAUUUAUACACUCCUGAGCUGGACAGACUCGGAUUGUAUCUGGCAACUGUCUCUGGCGUCUAGAGCAAUCGCAUCGAGAGCCCAGACAGAUUUGUACCCGCCGUCCUUCUGGUACAGUAGGUUUAUGCCUGACUUUGAAAUGGGGUUUGCACUGCCAAGAGACACGGAGGGAUCUCAAGAUUGGUACAGUCUUUACUUGAUGAUCAAGUGGGUGAUUUACGAGCGUUCGCACGAUAAUCUCAGAAAUAGGGAGAGGAUUUGGAAUUUCUUUUGGAACGAGAAGAGACUGUAUCAAAAGGUUUUCAAGGAUCGGAGGGAUAUCCCCACAUCUGCUUGA